UGGGUUAGAAAAGAUGGUUAGUUUGCAUGCAAGACCUUGUCUAUGUGAAGCAUAAACUAAACGCAUCAGAUGUGGCUACCCAAGUAUCUUAACUACAAAUAAUAUCACAACAGUCAAACUCAAUGAAUAACAUUAAUCAUAUCAAUACAAGUACAUUUUAGAAAUCAAAGUUGAACAGUCUUGCUCAGCCGUGUGUAAUUACUAAUGCUAAGAUAAGCCCAGUACGUUACCGAUCCAUGGAAGAAAAGGGUUUGUAAUUCCAUGUGUUGAAGUUGUGGUUCCAAGUCAAAGAUGUCGUCUUUGCUCUACUCAAAUCAAGUUGUGCAGAUUGGAGAAAGCUGAUCGCUCCAAUACUUAUUCCCAGCAGCUUGGUGCUAACUUCCUUGCUGUUGUUUCUUGAAGUUAGCUGGUCAACCAGUAAUGGUGGGUCCCUACAGUAUAUUUAUAAUUCUUCUUCUUCUUCUGAUUGACGGGAAGCUGAACAUGUCGGUUUGAUUGACGGGAAGCUGAAUGUGUCGGUUUGAUUGACGGGAAGCUGAACGUGUCGGUUUGAUUGACGGGAAGCUGAACGUGUCGGUUUGAUUGACGGGAAGCUGAACGUGUCGGUUUGAUUGACGGGAAGCUGAACGUGUCGGUUUGAUUGACGGGAAGCUGAACGUGUCGGUUUGAUUGAUCGGAGAGAUAAAAGAGGACGUGAAUAUUAAAGUGUGGCGGCUACGAUCGUUUGAUGAGCAAAUUCAUUCAGCAACGAAUCUAAUAUCAUCAUAAAUUAAUGAGACGGCAGCCUUUGAUCUCGACUCUCUGAAGAAUAAAACUCUUCUGCUUUGUUUGCUCUCAAACUUUCAGCCGCCCGUCGUGACGCCGCCGAUCAAACGGCUCAGUUCUACGAAGAAAAAAACUAGUUCCAAACUUAGUUCAGACCAAAAUGUGACUGUUGUUCCACACAGAGAAACACUUCUACCAUAAAACCCUCCUGUUAACCUCCCGUUAACCUCCCGUUAACCUCCGUUAACCUCCUCCCGUUAACCUCCCGUUGACCCCCCGUUAACCUCCGUUAACCUCCUCCCGUUAACCUCCCGUUAACCUCCCGUUAACCUCCUCCCGUUAACCUCCCGUUAACCUCCCAGCAGCUACAAGACGGAGCUAAACAACAGCUAGAGUAGCAGCUAGCUGCUCAGAUAGCCACGGCUAACUGUAAUUAAAGCUUCAGUUAACUAACGAGGAACCGGCUACAUCCACUCAAACACCUGCUAGAGAUGAAUAAUAAUACUAGACGGUGUAACCAGACGUUGUCCGUCUUCAUUCUAACUGAUUUAUCUGGUUUUACGUGUCUCAUUAUUUUGUGUUUGAACUCAUAAAAUGCUUCAUACAUUUGAUUAAAUCACAUUAUUUAGUGGUUAUUGUUCUCGUGAAGAUGAAUAAUAACACUGUGUUUAUAUUCAUCAAACAUCGUGCUGUAAAUAUUAACAUAAAUCCCAGAUGUGAGGACUCGACUCUAACCCGACUGGUGCUGUUGUUUAUGUUUUAUAUGUAUAUUAAUUAUGCAGAUUGAUGUGUGAUGAUCUGCUCAGCUGUCAGCCGUCACCAGAUCACUGAGAGACUGACGGGAACAUUAAAACACGAUGAUCCUCAGAGGAGUUCUGCAGCGUCUCUUCUCUCUCUGACCAAUCAGCGGCGAGCACCAGCAGAACACAGCGCUCUGAUUGGUGCUCCGGUUUCAAGGCGCCCCGUCCCGCUGGAGGGAGGGGAGCCUGGAAACCGUGUGAUGCGGCGUGAUGCGGCGUGAUGCGGCGUGAUGCGGGUUCAGACCUCAGACCCGCUCCACGAGCCGGCUCAUCAACACACUAACUUCUCUUUGCUCCUCGUCGGACGCGUUAACGGAGACUUCGGGUUUCUUUAGAGGCUUCAGUCGGACCAGAACUCAGAGUCCGUCUGGACCGUCUCCGUCUCCGUCUCCGUCUCCGCCAAGUUACAAAGAGUUCAUCUGUUGCUUCUCUUAAAUCCUGGAUCCGGACUCAGAGGAGGAUGAUUAGACCCGGUUCUUGGACUCAUAAAGGACUGAAGCAGUAAAACUACUAUAAAAGAUGGCGUUGGCGUUGGUGUUGGCGUUGGCGGUGGCGUUGGCGUUGGCGCGGAGCUGUCGGAGGAUUUGGAUAACGGACUGCGCUCUGGUGGUCGCGCUCCUCUUCCAGCCGAGCGCCUCCCAGUACGAGAAGGGUAUCUCCGUCCCGGACCACGGCUUCUGUCGGCCCAUCUCCAUCCCGCUGUGCACGGAUAUCGCCUACAACCAGACCAUCAUGCCCAACCUGCUGGGCCACGCCAACCAGGAGGACGCCGGGCUGGAGGUGCACCAGUUCUACCCGCUAGUCAAAGUCCAGUGCUCCGCGGACCUCAAGUUCUUCCUGUGCUCCAUGUACGCGCCCGUCUGCACGGUUCUGGAGCAAGCCAUACCGCCCUGCAGGUCGCUCUGCGAACGCGCUCGCCAGGGCUGCGAGGCGCUCAUGAAUAAGUUCGGCUUCCAGUGGCCGGAGAGGCUGCGUUGCGAGAACUUCCCGGUCCAUGGCGCCGGAGAGAUCUGCGUGGGUCAGAACACAUCCGACGCAGACGGACCCACGUCCGACCCGACCCCCAACCUCCCCGAGCUCGUGACCGUGCCGCCGUACGUCUGGACCGACCAGCCCUUCUCCUGCCCCCCGCAGCUCAAGGUGCCCCCCUACCUCAACUACCACUUCCUGGGGGCGAAGGACUGCGGCGCCCCCUGCGAGACCUCCAAACCCAACGGCGUGAUGUACUUCCGUGAGGAGGAGUUAAAGUUCGGCAGGCUCUGGGUCGGGAUCUGGUCCAUCCUGUGCUGUGUGAGUACCCUCUUCACCGUGCUCACCUAUCUGGUGGACGCGAGGCGGUUCCUUUACCCGGAGAGGCCGAUCAUCUUCCUGUCCGGCUGCUACUUCAUGGUGGCGGUGGCCUACACCGCCGGCUUCCUGUUGGAGGACAGAGUCGUGUGUAGCGAUGAGUUCAACCGGGACGGCUACAAGGUGGUGGCUCAGGGCACCAAGACGGACAGCUGCACCGUCCUCUUCAUGAUCCUCUACUUCUUCGGCAUGGCGAGCUCCAUCUGGUGGGUGAUCCUGUCCCUCGCCUGGUUCCUGUCCGCCGGGAUGAAGUGGGGCCACGAGGCCAUCGAGGCCAACUCGCAGUACUUCCACCUGGCGGCCUGGGCGUUGCCGGCGGUUAAAACCAUCACCAUCCUGGCGAUGGGGCAGGUGGACGGCGACCUGCUCACCGGCGUCUGCUACGUGGGGAUCUACAACGUGGACGCCCUGCGCGGCUUCGUCCUGGCGCCGCUGUUCGUCUACCUCUUCGUCGGCACUUCCUUCCUGCUGGCGGGCUUCGUGUCGCUCUUCCGCAUCCGAACCAUCAUGAAGCACGCCGGCACCGAGACGGAGAAGCUGGAGAGGCUGAUGGUGCGGAUCGGCGUGUUCGGCGUGCUGUACACGGUGCCCGCCACCAUCGUCAUCGCCUGCUACUUCUACGAGCAGGCCUUCCGGCCGCAGUGGGAGAGGACGUGGCGCAUGCAGACGUGCAAGCGCUUCGCUGUGCCGUGCCCGGCCGGGAACUUUGCGCCGUUGACGCCGGACUUCGCCGUGUUCAUGAUCAAGUACCUGAUGACCAUGAUCGUGGGGAUCACGUCCGGCUUCUGGGUCUGGUCUGGGAAGACGCUGCAGUCGUGGCGCCGGUUUUAUAAGAGACUGACCAACAAGAACCAGGGAGAGACCACGGCAUAGCGGAGGGUCGUCUCUACCGGGACAGUCGACGCCGUAGCGGAGGGUCGUCUCUACCGGGACGGACGACGGCGUGGCGGAGCGCCGUCUCUACCGGGACGGACGACGGCGUAGCGGAGGGUCG